CACUAUAAUAAAUAUCUUUUUCCCCAAGGUCCCCAAACUGUACAUUCAUUCAGCAGGACAUUGGCCAUCAAAUUUUAGGGUUUUGCCGAUCAGAUCAGACGGUAACGAUGUUCUUGGACAAUCUACCUCAAGAACUCUUCGCUGAUAUCUGCACAAGAUUACCGAUCAAGAGUAUCGUUCACGUCGGAUGCGUUUGCAAAUCAUUUCACGCUAUAAUCAAGAACCCUAAUUUCAUCACAGAACACAUCAAUCGAAGUGUUGCAGACGACAAGAAGACUCAAUUACUACUCCUCAGGUACCACUCUAAUCCUGACAACAAAGAGCGCUUCUCAAUACGGUAUGAUGAUGAAAUAUUUGAUGAAUGUAUGACAUUCGAUAAUAGUUAUAAAGUCUGGCCAGUCCAUUAUUACAAGAUAGUGGGUUCAUGUAAUGGGUUGAUUUGUUUGUGUGAUUAUCUCUCUGUUACAAGCGUUCUUAUUCUUUGGAACCCAGCACUUAGAAAGUCCUUCAAUCUUCCCAUGCCCCCCACCGAAUUCUCGCUUCAUGAUUUUGUUGUUGGGUUUGGAUUCAAUUCUUCGACUAACGACUUCAAAGUUGUGAGAAUUGGGAAUGUUUGCAAUUCGGGCAACACACAAACUUCCCGAGUUUCACCUGAGGUUGAGGUUUAUGAGCUUAGCACUGGUUUGUGGAGAGGCAGUAGUGCUGUUGUUCCUCCGUAUGAGAUGAUUCCCCGUCAUUGUUCGCAUGUUUUCGUGAAAGGGGCUUCCCAUUGGAUUGCAUUUGAGAAGGGCAAGGAACAAAAUCGCUAUUUGAUUUUGUCAUUUGAUAUGGGUUCUGAGGUUUUCGGCGAGAUGGUGCUUCCGGCUAGUGUUGCUAAUGGCCCUAAGUUGAAAAUGUCAAUUUCACUUUUUGGGGAAUCUCUGUCUCUAUUCUGUUAUGAUGGUGAUUUGUCGGGUACAAGUGAGAGAUGUUGCAUAUGGGUGAUGCAAGAGUAUGGUGUUGUGGAGUCUUGGAUAAAAUUAUUUACUGUUGAUCUAGCACAAGAAAUAAACAAGGUUUUGGGAUUUAGGAGAACUGGUGAAGUUCUUGUGGAAAUGGGUGAUGGAGAGUUGGUUUCCUACGAUCCUGAGAGCAAAGAAGAGGUCCAUGUUGAAGACUUUUGGUUUCAAGACUCGUCUCAUUUGGAUACUUAUAUGGAGAGCCUUGUUUUACUUGAUGGAAAAGAUCAAGUCUCAUUGAACCGAGCAUACUGUUGGAAUAAACUUUUAAAAGAAGAGUGAGGGACAGGAACCGAGCAUUUGUUAGGAAUGCUGACGGAAGCAAAGAAAAAUAGGAAGGCAGCCAGGCAGGCAAUGUUUAUAUUUCCCAUUAGUUAUACUUAUUAUCAUAAUUUCUAUUUUUAUCCUUGUAUAAUAUUUACAUGAUAUGGACUUAGCUGUACAUGAAUUGUAUAUGAAUUGCAGAACUGCCUUCUUCAUCUUGCCAA